AGCGGCGGCGGCGGCGGCGGCGCCGUUUCUACGGACUCGUCGCCUCAGCCGGCGGACGGCGGUCGCCGGGGCCGCCCUGCAGAAAAAUGGCUAAGAGAAAUGCAGAGAAGGAGCUGACAGACCGAAAUUGGGACCAGGAGGAAGAAGUAGAAGAGGUGGGAACGUUCUCAGUAGCGAGUGAAGAAGUCUUGAAGAAUCGAGCAAUCAAGAAAGCAAAGCGCAGAAAUGUUGGAUUUGAAUCGGAGAGCGGAGGGGCGUUCAAGGGCUUCAAGGGCUUGGUCGCAUCCGGAGGCGGGGGUUUUGGCGGCUUUGGAAAUGGCACCGGAGGGAAGCCCCUGGAAGGACUGUCCAAUGGUGGCAGUGGCAUCGGCGGCAGCUCGGCCCUCUCAGGCCCCCCCUCCUUUGCCAAUUUAAAGGCGGCUCCAGAAGCCAAGGCUUCGUCGUUCGGCUCGGGCCCGGCCAAUGGCCCUGGCCCUACCACGUCCCCAGUGGAGAAGAAGGCCUCGGGCUCCAAAACGAACAGUGAUGGUCAGGGGGCAGCGGCGACGGCCGGGGGUUCGGGGGGCUCGGGCUCGGGCCGGGCCUGCGGCGCCAGCGCGUACCACAAACAGCUGGCCGCACUCAACUGCUCCGUCCGGGACUGGAUCGUAAAGCACGUGAACACAAACCCUCUGUGCGACCUGACGCCCGUCUUCAAGGACUACGCCAAGUACCUGGCGGGCAUCGAGCAGCAGCCCGGAGGCAGCAGCGACAGCGGUUCGGAGAGCGAGGGCAGCCGGAAGCCAUCGGGCCCGCCCCCGCCCCCCGGCUCAGCCAGGCCGCAGCAGGGCUCUGCCUUCCUGUUCCACGGCAGCAAGACCGACGGCCCAGCCGACACAGGGGCUGAGAAGAAAGAGGAGCCCGUCGCCGGCUCCUUCCACUUUGGCAAGAAAGUGGACAGUUCGGCCCUGGGCGCGCUGGGCUCUGGUCCUCUGCCCAGCUUCUCCUUCUCCCCUGGUGGCUCCGGCCUGUUCGGCAAAGACGCCGGCCAGGGGAAGCCGGCUUCCACACCGUUCUCCGCCAGCUCCCAGGAGGGCAGGCCCGAGGGGGCCGGGAGCGACCGCGCAGGUGGAGACGAAGAGGAGAGUGAGGAGCCGCCCACGGUGAUCGUUAAUGAAGUCAGGGAAGAAGACGCCUUCUACUCCAAGAAGUGUAAGCUGUUCUAUAAGAAGGAUAACGAGUAUAAGGAGAAGGGUGUUGGGACCCUGCACCUGAAACCUGCGGGGAAACAGAAGACCCAGCUCCUGGUGCGAGCGGACACCAACCUAGGCAACAUCCUAUUGAAUGUCCUGAUCCCCCCCAAGAUGCCCUGCACGAGAACGGGAAAGAACAACGUUCUGAUCGUGUGCGUCCCCAAUCCUCCGAUCGACGAGAAGAAUGCGACCGUCCCCGUCCCCAUGCUGAUCAGGGUGAAAACGAGCAAGGACGCGGACGAGUUGCACAAAAUCUUACUGGAGAAGAAGGAGGCCUGAAGGUGGACACACGGAAGAAUUUUUGCCAACUUGCUGCUUUGUUCCUUAGUCAUUUUAUUCUUACCUUUCUACCUUGACAGUCUAAAAACUUACCGAUCUUCUCAAAGGUUUUGUGAGGCAAAGUUACUUUGGCCAAUAAAAAGCUUUAACUGAACACGGAAAAA